AUGGCGACAGCAGCCACAAGCAAAUGUCUGUCAGUCAAUGGGGACAGCGAAGGUCAAGAUGGGAGUCAAUAUGAUGGCGACGGUGCUGAUGAGGGGCAGGGAACGUCGGCAGGCGAUGGCCUGCCCAAAUCGCUGCGGGAGGUCUACAAGCUGUCGAAGAGGAGAACACCGGGAAGCCACCAGGUGCCGGAAAGGCUACCAAAAGGCGGACGGCAGGGCGAGGGGCUGCAGCAUGUGUUCCAGGCCGUUGGACUGGAGGCCCCUGCAGAUCUGGAGCCGGACGACGGGGCGGCUGCACUGCCAGCACAGCCGGCGCCCAAGGCGGUGCAGAAGGCGCCUCAAAUCACGCCCGCCCAGGUCGUACCUUUCGACUAUGGUGCCGCGCCUCCCUUGGGAUCGGAACCACAAAAACAAGGCCAGCGGGGGGUCCCUGGCGGCGCUGGACGCGAUAGGGGUAGAAAGCGAGGAAGGGGCGAGGAAGCUGACGCGAUGAAGAGGGGGAUGGACCGAAGGGGCUGCACUGUGCGGCCUUUGUCUGGGAAUCGAUCAAUGACCUUCAAGUGA